GACAAAGACCAUGGACUCGAGGCAACCUGUUCAGAACCUUGGCGAAACGAUUCAUUCCCUGCUAGGACUGAAGGCACAUUUAACUUCUAAUUGGGUUAAAUCUGUUCGUGAUAUAAUAAAAAACCUACCAUCUGAAAAAUCAUCUGCUGAUAUAAAAGCAAAAACCUUAGAGACAGGGGAUUCUUUAGAUAACGAAGAUGUAGAAGGAAAUGCCGUUUCAAAACUAAAAGAUGAACUUGGUGUUUUAACUGCCAAGAUAAAUCAAUUAAACAUUCAGAGAAGGCAAGUCCUGAGUGAAUUUCUGGACUUGAAAGGGAAUAUCCGUGUAUUUUGUCGUGUAAGACCAAUCAGAGUGGAGGAGAAUUACGGAUGCUUAAGACCUGUUGUAGCUUUAGAUUCAAACAAUGUUCUUCUGAGGCUUCAUGAUAAUAAGAGUAAAAGUUACAGCUUUGACAAGGUUUUCCAUCCAGGUUCAUCACAAGAUGAAGUAUUUUCGGAAAUUGAGCCGGUAGUUAAGUCUGUUCUGGAUGGCUACAAUGCAUGCAUUUUUGCAUAUGGGCAGACAGGAACAGGAAAAACUUUCACCAUGGAAGGUAAUCCAGAUUCCCCUGGCGUAGUGCCCCGCACAAUUGAAGCACUGUUUAAGCAAGUAGUGGAGAGCAAUCAUCCAUUUCUCAUCAGCUUUAGUAUGCUUGAAAUUUACUUGGGAAAUCUCCAAGACUUGCUCACUACUCAACCAACAAAAGCAACAGAUCCUAUGCCACCACGCCUUUCUAUUAAAACGGAUCCAAAGAGUGGGAUUGAAAUAAACAACCUAGCUGCCAUCCAAGUGAAUGACUUCAACCAAGCUUUGAGACUGUACAGAUUAGGGUGCCGGUUCAGAACAACUGCCUCUACAAAUUCAAACACAACUUCUAGCAGAUCCCACAGCAUGAUCCGCAUAUCAAUAACUUGCUUUGAUGCUCCUGAGAGGCGACGGGAAACAAACAAAAUUUGGUUAGUUGACCUUGGGGGAAGUGAGCGUGUGCUAAAGACAAAGGCAUGGGGGAGAAGACUUGAUGAAGGAAAAGCCAUUAAUUUGUCACUUUCUGCUCUUGGAGAUGUCAUUAAUGCCCUUCAAAGGAAAAAGCGCCAUGUACCUUACAGGAAUAGCAAGUUGACGCGGGUUCUUAAAGAUUCCCUUGGUGAGGAUUCAAAGACUCUGAUGCUCGUCCAUGUCAGCCCUAAAGAAGAAGAUUUGUGUGAGACAAUAUGUUCUCUAAAUUUUGCAUCAAGGGCCAAAAGCAUUCACCUAGGGCAUGAUGACUUAAUUGAAAUAAGAGACCAGAAAGAAGCUUCCAUGAAGAAUUUGCAGCAGAAGAUGGAAAGGAUUGAAGAAGAGCGCCUAAAAGUUAGAGGAGAUAUUGAGAAAUUAAGUGAGGAAUUAGAAAAUCUUACAAGGCCAGCCCCUUCUUUCGAAGUGAAACCACAAGUUCCCCAUUUAUCUUCUGAGGAGCCACUAUCUAACCUCAAAGUUAAGAAGGACCGGAUUGGAGAUGUCACAGCUCCUUUGUCACAAUUGCCAGGAUUUAUGAGGUCAACGUUUUGCAGCAGAAGGAAAUCUGGAAGAGAUCUUCAUACUGUAGAAGAAAAAGGUCAAGUCCUUGGGAGAAGGAGAAGGCGAUCAUCUCAUCGGGCUGAGUCAGUAACUUUCCCUGUAAAAAAUAUUUCAGAGUACAACUCAGAGCAUAGUAUUUCCAAAUCUAGCUGUUUGGCAGGUUUGAACAUGAAAAGUAGUGCAGAUUAUGAAACGGAUUACAGCAUAGAAACAGUGCAAGGUGACAUUAACAUGGUUACAUUCGGGAAACAAGAAAAAUCACAAAGGACUUCAAUUCGUCAAAGGGCUCCCCUCAGUUACCCAGAGCAAUGUGGAAAUCAAAAGAAAGAAAAAGAUAACUCCACUAAAUUUCCGACGAUUGGUGAUUGUCUUUUACAUAAGAGUGAACCCUUAACUAUUAGUUGUACUCAAAGAAGUAAACCAGUCCAAGCUGUUCCAAUCGCAGAGGAGAAAUGUGAUGGAAGCGGACCAAACAGAACAUGGAUAUCACAUAAUAGUAAGGUGCCUAUAUGUGAAUUUAAAGUGGAAGCUUUUAUCAGCCAUAAUACAACAAAGAAACAAUUUGAUGUCGAGGGAGUCGAAGUACCUGUAGCAGAAGUAAUAACUGAAAAACCACAGACAAUGUUGAAGGAUUUAUUUGCUGAGGAGUCAAGAUCAAAUUCCCCUUCUGCAUCUCAUACAACACAGACAACGAUACUAACACAAGAUUUUGUAGAUGGCUUAUUGCUAGAGGAUAAUGCAUCUGGCACUCUUUCUUCACCUGAUAUGUGCAGUGGUAGACUUGAUCAAUAUGAAGAUGAUGAUGAAACUUACUUAAUUCCUACAAUGCAGGCGGUGAAAUUUGACAUGCCAUGUCCAGAUAGCAUAAUAAAUUAUAAAGAGUGCUCAUUUUCUCCAACUGGCAAGGAAAAUCAUAUCUUUGAUUCAAAAAGAGAUACUGGUAUUUCUAUCUCAAUAUCAGAACUGGAAUCACACUGCCAAGAAGUGUCUACUGAAAUAGGCAUAAAAGAUAAAGAAAUGGAAGACUUUGAUGACUCCUCUCCACUCUCAUCAAUAGGGACAACACCAAGAUCGUUCAAAUGGACAUCUCAAAGAACUUUAUUUAUGGACCAAGGACAUCAGAAGUGUCAAAACAUGCCAUAUGCUACAUUACAAGGAACUGCACAAAGCAAUGGAACAUUUCAUGUCCUUAAACAGAGAAUUCAGAUAGUAUUUGCCAGUGUUCUUUUAGGAUUCGGAUUCCUUGAUCUAGGACUUGACCAUGACUUCUUCCAUGGUUUAAUGCUUUGAAGCAGCUUUAGUGCAAAGCAGACUGAAGUUUAGAAAUUUUGACUUGGUUGUAUGUGGUGGCUGAGGUUGGCUUUGGGAUGAAAUUGAAUGCUUACUUAGUCUUGGUUCUCUGCCUUCCCUCCACAAUGUUAGGGAAUAGGUUUAACACAGUAAAGCUGUUCCAUGACUAUGAACAUUUGUGUAAUUAUAUAGGAACAACAAUAUGAUUUCCUUGCUUCAUAAAAACACCUAAUAAAGCUCUGUGCCAAUCUAUAAGUUAGAUCUCUCAAAUUCAAAAGAGACAAAAAAUUGAGAAUUAUGAGGUUCUUGAGGUGUAUCAAGUUGAAAGAACGGUUAGUUUGUCUAUGUGUAUAUAUACAUGUAUAUAUAUUUGUGUAUUUUGGCUACUGCUGUAUAUAGUAGUCUCAGCUAUAUUUUCCUGUAUUGUAAUUAUCAAUCCUCCGCUAUAU